AUGCAGGAAGGCAGAGGAGGCUAUGACAGCCCGGGCUCGGUGCUGAUCUCUCCGGUGCCCCACCAGAUGAUGUCCUACAUGAACAUGAGCAGCCUGUCGCGGACCGAGCUGCAGCUCCUCAACCAGCUGCACUGCCGCAGGAAGCGAAGGCACCGCACCAUCUUCACGGACGAGCAGCUCGAGGCUCUGGAGGGCCUCUUCCAAGAAACGAAGUAUCCGGACGUCGGCACUCGCGAACAACUUGCCCGCAAGGUCCACCUCCGCGAGGAGAAGGUCGAGGUGUGGUUCAAAAACAGACGUGCGAAGUGGAGGAGGCAGAAAAGGUCUUCAUCGGAAGAAUCAGAGAACUCUCAGAAAUGGAACAAAUCCACUAAAACGUCCGCGGAGAAACCCGAAGAGAGUAAGAGCGAGGUGGACUCGGACAGCUGAUAACAGAGCGGACCUAACACGGCCUCAUCGGCUUGUCCCGUGGAAAUCGAUGUGGACCCCGAGACAUUGUGGUGGUGUGGUGUUGCCAUGUUGCACAGUUGUAUAUAUAUCUACAUUUUAUUAUUGACUGUGUUCGUUAUUUAAAUUUAAUUUAAGCUGCUUUUGUAAUGUUCCACACACAGGGAUGAGACGCCCUCUGAACUGACUGACAUGUGUGAAUAUAUCGUGAUGUUCUCUAUAUGUGAUAUUUUCAUGGAUAUUAAAUGUUGUAAUUCUAUCAUUAUUAUUACUUUUCUUUUGUCUUUGGCAAAAAUAAGAGAAGCGUUUAAAGGACAGAUGAAUGUGCGCUCAUUUAAACAGUGUGCGCUUUCAUUCUGCGCUCCGCGGCAGAACCACAGACUGAAAAGAGCUUGUAAACAGGCUGUGAAAUAUAGCGCGAAGAAAACGAACGUUCUGGGGGUUUUUGUUUUUAGCUUCCAAAACGUCAGGGAGAAAAGCUGCUGCAGGCCUCCACAUAGAAAAGCCUUUAUGUGAAAGUAAAUGAAAUGAAAGAUGAUUUUAUUGUUAUCACACCUGAACUGUGGCUCUUUUAUGUCCCGCUGACGAUUUGGGGUUUGUUUAAAACAUCUUUUGGGCAAUUAGUUAAAAAAAAAAAAGUCAGAACAGGACAGGUUAGAGAGGUCAGGUCGAUCAUUUUAAAUGGAAACCGUGGAGAAAACAACCGCCAACAAACAACUGCAGCUAUUUCCUUCAUUUUUUUUAAAAAACGUGGUACGUUUAUCAUCAUUGACAAACCAACAACAACAACAGUCCAGAAACAUUUGGCCCGCUCAGCAGAUCCGGAUCAAAGUGUCAGUGUAAGCUGAAACAGAGGAGCAAAGAGACACCGAGCAAAGAGAAGGUAUGGACGCUAUCUGUAGUCUCUCUCUCUAAAAGUCUCUCUCUCUCUCUCUCUCUCCAUAUACAUUGUAGAAAAUAAUUAUUAUUAUUAUUUUUUUUACAGUGCCU